UCCAUCUCUCUUUCUCUCGCACGCGCGCGCACACACACGGUCUCAAAACUUUAGAGACAACUUGUUAAGGCGGAGAGUAGGAAGAACAUGUCGGUCGAUUUAAACCCCCAAAGAAGGGCGUUGUGUUUUUAAUUAUAUAGAUGUGGUGAAAUCAAUCUCACCUUCAAAGACUCGCUUUACCUUCUGACGUGUUGAUGGUUUUCUCGUUUCCCCCUCUGCUUUAAAUGGAUUAUUCUUAGUCCAGCCUAGACUAGCAUUUCUGUGAGUCACAAUUGUUUAUACCAAGUCCAGUUCAACCUGGCGCUGUUGGAGACAUCAUCCUUUUUCAUGGGAUCAUUUUAUUUUCCUAUUGCAACUUUAGCGGCUUGACCGAACAUUUGGACGACAGAUAUGCUUGACUCAGUGCUGAAAGAAACCGAAAUCGAGGAGAAAUAAAAUGGGAUCUGAUCUCUUUUAAUCGAAUGGUGUAGCUGUCAUGGGAAAAUAACUGGAGAGCAACCUUAAAAGAAAGAACUAGAAGUACUUUCUGAAGCUCAAAGUCAACCGCAAGAAUUCAAAGCAGCACUUUUUUUAUCCUUGGAUACCAGACAAGCAUGAGGGACUAUUCCGUUUAUUACCUUACCGGUAAAUACUUAAAAUCCAGGCAAGCGUGAUGGGAAAGCAAUGAAAAGGUCUGUUUAUACAUUCCUAUAGUUAAUAUCACAAUGUGGUGUCGCUUUAAGAUAUUUAUCGUACUGGGUGCAAAGAUUAGGCCUUUAUUUCAACUCCUUUUUACUUGAAGAUAACAAUGCACUUGGCGCACUUUGCAAAUCUUUAUUUUAUGUGAGCGUAUAAAAUUAUAUGCAUUAUUUACAUCAUAGGCAGUGCAGGAAAGAGUUGCAUAUAACGGUUUAGUCCAUUCACCUGGUAAGUAAAGUACAUGCUGUGAGCAGCGCAACCUACGCACUUUGGGUUUGUCCCACACUGCGCGCGCUGCGCCGGCGCGCUCUCCAAGGAAACCCAGACCCAGAUCCCACAGCAGAUCCUCUCAUCCUGUAAAUCAAUCAUGUGGUUCAUCAAUCUGGCUUUGCUGGUUCUCAAACUAUCCGUGUCUGCGGAGGGAUUCUCCACGUGCCAGUCCUACAACUUGGACGACCACAAAUCCAAAAGGAUCGAGGCGGUGCGCGGGCAGAUUUUGAGUAAGCUGCGCAUCCGAAGUCCACCGGAACCCGAUCCCAGUCCGACGCCGGUGUCGGUACCGACGGAGGUGAUGUUACUGUACAACAGCACGAAAGAGCUGCUGAAGGAGCGCGCGCGCCAGGCCGAAGCCGCGUGCGAUCUGGAGAGCAGCGAAGAGGAUUACUAUGCGAAAGAAGUACAGCGGGUGAAUAUGAUACCACAGCGCACCGAAACGAACUCGAUUAAUCAGAGUCCUCACAGCCCAUACUUCAGGGUGGUGGGUUUCGAUGUCACCAACGUGGAGCGAAACUCGAGCACUUUGGUUAAAGCAGAAUUUCGCAUCUUCAGAGCGCCAAACCCGCAGGCGCGCACGACAGAGCAACGCGUGGAAAUAUACCAAAUUCUUAAAUCUGAUGAUGUGAGGGCUCCAUCUCAGAGAUACAUCGAUUCUAGAACAGUCGAUCCGCGUGCCAAGGGGGCGUGGUUGUCUGUCGACGUCACAGAGACUGUAAAGGAAUGGAUGGCGUUCAGAGAAAGAAAUCUUGGACUUAAGAUCAGUGUACACUGUCCCUGCUGCACAUAUGUCCCCGCCACAAACAACAUCGUCCCUAACAAGAGCGAAGAGCUGGAGGCCAGGUUUGCAGGGAUUGAUGAUGACAUCAUAAAGGUGAACCGAAGACCCGGUGCGACUAAAGGACAGAUUGAAUUCAGCACUAAAACGCCACACUUGAUACUGACCCUGUUACCCAGUGACCGCCUGGACAACCCAACCAGGAAAAACCGCAAGAAGAGAUCAGCGGCAAACACAUCUAUAUGCUCACGGACUGACCAGGGCUGCUGUCUGAGGUCUCUCUACAUUGAUUUCCGUCGGGACUUGAAAUGGAAGUGGAUCCACGAACCGAAAGGGUACAAAGCAAAUUUCUGUGCAGGGAACUGCCCUUACCUGUGGAGCACAGACAAUCACUACAACAUGAUUCUUCCGCUGUAUAACAAGAUGAAUCCAGAAGCGUCCGCGUCUCCAUGUUGCGUACCACAGGAUCUGGAGCCCCUCACCAUCGUUUAUUUCCUAGGCCGGACCCCUCGCGUUGAACAGCUCUCCAACAUGGUGGUCCGGUCCUGUAAGUGUCGUUGAAGCAGCGGAGAGAGAAAAGAAAUACGGAUGAAGAGGUGGAUGAGUAAAACCACAACUGACAAGAACAAUACUUAAAUAACGAACAAUAUUUCUUACAGUACGAACCUAUGCGAGUUUGGGGAGUUGUCGGGAGGAAUAUCAUAUAUCUUAAGCAUCUUAAGUACAGUAGACACAUCCUGCAUCGGUCAUAUUUUAAUAGAAGAGCUUUUAGACAGCAAUAUCAGUGACUCGGAAAAUAUACGCCAACAAUAGUUUUCAAACAAAGUUUAUUGUAGAAUUGUUUAUUUUUGCAAUUUGCAAGUGUAAAUAGUUUUUGGUGAAGUUUAUAUUUGAUUAUUUCCUUAAAACAAUAAAUUUCGAU